AUGGUCAAGCAUAAGGACCUUAUUGACGUUAACCCGAUGGCAAGGUCUGAGGCACUAGAGCUUCUUCAGAAGACGCUUGAUCAACCCGAAGAAAGCCAAGAGAGCCAACAGUUAGUGGAAGAACUCGAGUUUAUGCCGCUUGCAAUAGCCCAGGCCGCAUGCUAUAUUCGAAAUCGGGCGCCUCGCUAUUCAGUAUCACAAUACCUGAGAGACUUUCAGAAGAGCGAUAGCGAAGCGAUAAAGCUUCUCAAAAAAGAGGCGGGUCACCUUGACCGGGAUUGGGAAGCAAAGAACUCAAUUCUAGUGACUUGGCAAAUAUCAUUUAACUACAUUCGCCACGAAAAGCCAUCUGCAGCGGAACUACUUUCUCUUAUGAGCUUUUUCGAUCGACAAGGGAUACCGGAGAGUGUUAUCCGCCAGCCACCGGCUAGCUGCACCUCAAGGACAGAACUCUUCGACAACUCUAGUGACGGGGAAACAUCUGAAUCCGACGGAGGUCUGGAAUUUGAAGAUGAUGUUACAACUUUACGGAAUUACUCAUUUAUAUCUAUUAGCGAGAAUGGGACUUCCUUUGCUAUGCAUCGACUAGUGCAACUGACUACGCGCGCAUGGCUGAAAUCUCAUGGAGAAACAGAACGGUGGAGGGAAAAAUUUAUCGCUAAUGUGUACGGAGAGUACCCUACAGGUCGAUAUGAAAAUUGGGGGAAGUGCCAGUCUCUCUAUCCUCACGUUCGGUCAGCGAUGUCUCAACGACCAGAAUCACGAGAGUCUCUCUUGAGAUGGGCCACGCUACUUUAUAGAGGCGCAUGGUAUGCGUCAGAAAGCGGCCAUAUUGCGGAUGUAAGGGAAAUGGCAUCGAAAUCGCAAAAGCAUAGAGUCGAACUGCUAGGUGCGGAGAAUGACGAGGCCCUUGCGAGUACUGCGAUGUUGGCUGAAGCCUAUUCACUAGAGGGCCGAUGGGAGGAGGCGGAACAGCUCGAGGUGCAGGUCAUGGAGACUCGCAAGACGAAGCUCGGCGUGGACCAUCCUGACACGCUGACGAGUAUAGCUAACCUAGCAUCGACGUAUUGGAACCAGGGCCGAUGGGAGGAGGCGGAACAGCUCUUCGUGCAGGUCAUGGAGACGAGCAAGACGAAGCUCGGCGUGGACCAUCCUUCUACGCUGACGAGUAUGGCCAACCUGGCAUCGACGUAUAGGAACCAGGGCCGAUGGGAGGAGGCGGAACAGCUCUUCGUGCAGGUCAUGGAGACGAGCAAGACGAAGCUCGGCGUGGACCAUCCUGACACGCUGACGAGUAUGACCAACCUGGCAUCGACGUAUAGGAACCAGGGCCGAUGGGAGGAGGCGAAACAGCUCGAGGUGCAGGUCAUGGAGACGAGCAAGACGAAGCUCGGCGUGGACCAUCCUUCUACGCUAAGGAGUAUGGCCAACCUGGCAUCGACGUAUUGGAACCAGGGCCGAUGGGAGGAGGCGGAACAGCUCUUCGUGCAGGUCAUGGAGACUCGCAAGACGAAGCUCGGCGUGGACCAUCCUUCUACGCUAAGGAGUAUGGCCAACCUGGCAUCGACGUAUUGGAAACAAGGCCGAUCGGAGGAGGCGGAACAGCUCGAUGUGCAGGUCAUGGAGACGAGUAAGACGAAGCUUGGCGUGGACCAUCCUGACACGCUGACGAGUAUAGCCAACCUGGCAUCGACGUAUAGGAACCAGGGCCGAUGGGAGGAGGCGAAACAGCUCGAGGUGCAGGUCAUGGAGACUCGCAAGACGAAGCUCGGCGUGGACCAUCCUGACACGCUGACGAGUAUGUCCAAUCUUGCUUUCACCUGGAAAUCUUUAGGGUAUAAUACCCAAGCUCUCGAGUUACUACGAGAUUGCCUGGCCAGGCAGAAGCAAAUACUUGGGAGCAAUCAUCACCAUACCAUAUCCAGUUCUCAAACCUUGCUGGAGUGGGAAACAGAGAUGUUGGAUAUUGGUAAUAAAUGA